AUUUUGCACAAGUUGCGCUCCGUGGAUAGACGGGUCGCACGUGUCCCUACCGCAUCAAGGCUGUGCACGCACCGACUGCAAAGCUGCAGCCUGUUCACGAACACGGAUUCACCCAUGAAGCUGAGGAAAAUCCCAAACCUGGCUCUCCUUAAGGAACUCGCGAUCGUCGCUCAAAGUUGUGGCGCCAAACGUGCCGGUUGAAUCGUCUGCAUUUAAACGGUGAAAAAUGGGAACUUUGCGGGAUCUACAGUAUGCUCUCCAUCAGAAGAUCGAGGAGCUGCGGCAAAGAGACGCCCUUAUUGACGAGCUGGAGCUGGAGCUGGAUCAAAAAGAUGAGCUGAUUCAGAACCUGCAGACUGAGCUGGAUAAAUACCGGUCAGUCCUACAACCUACUGGCCAGUCUGUUUCAGAACAACCAGAACUUGCAGAGCAGCAAAGGACCAAACGGCAGGCCAUCUCUGCAGAGCCUACAGCGCUGGACAUCAAAGACAUUAGCCAUGUCACCCUGACCUGCUAUUCCAAAAAUGAGAAGUCUCAGGAGUUAAUCAAAGCUGCAAUCCUGGACAAUGACUUCAUGAAGAACCUGGAGAUGUCUCAGAUUCUGGAGAUUGUGGACUGCAUGUACCCUGUUGAGUAUAAUCAAGGAAGUUGCAUCAUCAAGGAAGGAGACGUUGGCUCGCUGGUGUAUGUGAUGGAAGACGGAAAAGUGGAAGUGUUCAAGGAUGAUGUGAAGCUGUGUGAAAUGGGACCUGGAAAGGUGUUUGGAGAGCUGGCCAUUCUCUACAACUGCACUCGCACGGCUACAGUGAAAGCUCUGUCGCACACCAGGCUCUGGGCCAUAGACCGGCAGUGUUUCCAGACCAUCAUGAUGAGGACGGGUCUCAUUAAGCAUGCAGAAUACAUGCACUUUUUAAAAAGUGUCCCCUCAUUUCAGCAGCUGCAAGAAGAUGUGCUGAGUAAAAUUGCUGAUGUAUUAGAAGAGAUGCACUACGACACAGGAGAUUACAUCAUCCGCCAAGGAGCCAGCGGGGAUACCUUCUUCAUCAUCAGCAAAGGAAAGGUGACGGUUACCAUGCAGGAGGCCGCUGGAGAGGAGCCAGUGGUCCUGUCGACUCUCUCCAGAGGGGACUGGUUUGGAGAGCAGGCGCUGAAGGGGGAGGACAUUAGGACAGCCAACGUUGUUGCUGCAGAGGAGGUGACAUGCCUGGUCAUUGACCGAGAAUCCUUCAGGCAGUUGAUAGGUGGAAUGGAUGACAUCAGCACCAAGGUGUAUGAAAGUGCCGAGGCCAAAGUGAAGAUUGAGAUGGAAGUUGCAUUCUUCUCCAGUCUGACCAUUACCGAUUUCCAGUUUGUUUCUACUCUUGGAGUUGGGGGUUUUGGACGAGUAGAACUGGUGCAGCUCAAGAGUGACACGUCCCAGACAUUUGCAAUGAAAGUUUUAAAGAAGCAGCACAUCGUGGAUACACGGCAGCAAGGCCACAUCCUUUCCGAGAAAUGCAUCAUGCAGGAGGCUCACUGCGAUUUCAUUGUCAGGCUCUACUGGACUUUUCGAGACAGCAAAUACCUGUACAUGUUGAUGGAGGUGUGCCUAGGGGGAGAAUUAUGGACUCUGCUGAGAGACAGAGGCUCAUUUGACGAAGCCACAACUCGCUUCUACACAGCCUGUGUUGUUGAGGCUUUAGCUUACCUCCAUUGUCGGGGAAUUAUCUACAGAGACCUGAAGCCUGAAAAUAUCCUCCUUGAUCACUGUGGCUAUGCUAAACUGGUUGACUUUGGUUUUGCAAAACAGAUUGGCUUUGGAAAGAAAACAUGGACAUUUUGUGGCACUCCGGAAUAUGUGGCCCCUGAGAUCAUUCUGAACAAGGGUCACGACAUCUCAGCAGAUUACUGGUCCCUGGGAAUUCUGAUAUUUGAGCUACUGAGUGGCAGCCCUCCCUUCUCUGAACCUGACCCAAUGAAAACCUACAACAUCAUCCUCAGGGGCAUCGACAUGGUGGAAUUUCCAAAGAAAAUCACCAAAAAUUCAGCCAAUCUCAUCAAAAAAUUGUGCAGAGACAAUCCAUCUGAAAGGCUGGGAAACCAGAAGAGCGGAUUAAGAGACAUUCAGAAACACAAGUGGUUUGAAGGAUUUAAUUGGGAAGGUCUGAGAAAAAAGACGCUUUUGGCAGCCAUUGUCCCAAAUGUCAACAGCCCAGUGGACACCUCUAACUUUGAUUGCUUUCCAGAGGAUAAUGAAGGCCCCCCUCUGGAUGAAGACUCGGGCUGGGAUAUAGACUUUUGAAAGAUAUGUUCCUUCAAGUGACUUUGUGUUAGAUAUAUACAACACUCAUGAGCCGAGGGCUCGGGGAUUAAAGGCGUGCCAGAUCAGAAAUGAUCAGCAUUCGCUGUGUAGGUGGUUACCCACACUUCUGGGAAGCAGGACAAUGUCACCAGCAGCUGAGUGACCUCCACGUGAAGAAGUGAAAACCAAAACCUUUGUGGCAGUGCAAAGAAAUGUUACCCGUUAUUCUCAUUGUCAGUGGAAUGCAAUGAAAGCACAGGGGAAAAUAAAAAAGGAUUGACCUUGAGGGCCUGAAAAGCCUGCUUUCAUGCAAACUUACAUAAAAAACAUUUUUUUUAUUAAAAGAAGAAACUGUUUUUCAAUGAAUUCUGUAGAAUUUAGAAGAACACUUGCAAUAAAAUAAGGAAUGUGUUUCUGCUUCACAGACACAGGCCCAAUCCCAUCCUCUCUGGUCAGUCAUAUGUGGGGAUUUUGCUUUUUUCCCAGUGUUCAAAUGAGUGUCAUCUGAGCUCCCCAGUGUCACCUAGCCAGUGACCAUAUUGUCCCUCUUUGAGAAUGUGUGCUCCCCAUCCAGGACUCCUUUUUUGCCUUGUACCCAUGGAAAGACCUUGGCCAGAAAAAUGGCAUUACAGAAGACAGAUGGCACCCCUCAAAACAUCAUCAUUGGACCAUAGAAGUGAGCACAGUGUGGGGAUUCAGACUAUGACUUGGAAAUGGAGGAGCGCAAACUAAAGCAGAUGGUGUGUCGCAAAUUAAAAAUGAGGCAUUUACUUGAGGAAAAAACACACAGACACCACCAUGGAGGUGCGGAUUACAUGGAUUGGUCUACACUACUACAGUCAAAAACAAAAAGGGCACAAACUCCUCUGGUCACACCAACCUGCAUUCAUUCCUCAAGGUGUUGCCCAGGAUCCAUAUGGCACAUUUACUGUAUGUCCUUGGUGAUGAUUCACAGAAGAAACUCCUCCUCUAAGGAAAUUACCACAAUUCAGAUAAAGGGGCUGCGGUGGGCUGGCGCCCUGCCUGGGGUUUGUUCCUGCGUUGUGCCCUGUGUUGGCUGGGUUUGGCUCCAACAGACCCCCAUGACCCUGUAGUUAGGAUAUAGCAGGUUGGACAAUGACUGACUGACAGACAAAGGGGACUCCAGUUAUCUUCAUUCUUGGAAAAUCUAAAUCCGUUUUGCACUUCAAAAACACAAUUUUGUAAAGCUAAGACUUUGUGGUAUUAUUGCUGCACCCAUUAAAAGAUCUCAAUUUUUAUUUUGUAGUGCCUUUCAUUAUCAGUACCAUAAAGAAUUAGUUUAAGCCAGGGGUCUCCAACUGCACUCCA